AACUGGAACAAAGAGUGUGGAUGGUAAGCUGCAAAUUUCCCUGGCUUGUCCGUGCAUUCCUUUACAUAUGGACCCGCGAAAUAUCCGCUGAUAUUCUGUUUUAUAUUGCACUCCCGAUAGGAUUUGGAUAAUCCUGAUUUCAGUGUGACUUGGUUUGAGUUCCAACAUCAUGGUUGGGAAGAAGCCACCCACACCAGCUGGCUGUUCCUUGAAAAAGUCUCCAGGAGAACCUGCCCUGGCCCAGAGAUUACGCAGGAAUAUAUCACCGAAAAAUCUGGAUUUGACAGCAGGUCUCUCAUGGCGUGAGGAGAGAGAAUUAAACAAGGCGUUAUACGCCUCCUUACAGGAGACUAAGAAACUUGCUAUAAAGUCGGAGAUAGAAUCAGAUGCUCCAUCAUUACUUACAAACAGUAUCCCAAGACGGAACCUGCUAGCAAGAGUAUUGCCAAGACGUCAGUCUCCUAGAUCCAGUAGGCCUGCUGCAACUUCAAAGUCAAGUUUAUCAAUGCGGAGUCCCUCACUGCCCCCUCCAGCGGACAAAAAGCUGAAAUCUCACCACAACAUUGGAGGUGGUGACGAAAGUAGUCAGGACUCUGUGAGGUCGUCAACCACCAGCUGUUCUAAUGAGGACUCGAAAGGCAGAACAAAGGUGAGAGCUCAAAGGAAGUUUGCCCAGAUGCACGCCUAUGGUAAUACGAUGGUGCCAUCACAACAUACACCGGUUAAACAAAGCAGUAAGACAUCCUCACCCAUCAAAGUCUUUCCAAAGCGAGCCAAGACUGAAGAUUUCCUCACUUUUCUCUGCUUGAGAGGAACACAGGCCCUUCCUCCACAUUUGGACUUCUUUAACUUCUCUCGAGAUGAGGGGGACACAAGCCUGCCACCCACUCCACCAAAUCGAGGUCGUGCUUUUGUGCGUGAGAGUUCUCCCUCCUCCAGCAGUACUAGCUGUAGUAAUGUACCUGAUGAUGUAGCUGACUCCCCAGCUCCUUUGGUGAUGCCACCCAGUGGCCGUGUGACUCCCAGCAGGAAGGCCGCACGAGCUUGUGCUGGCACUCCAGAGACAGCCAGGGGAUUGGCAAGUUUUCCAUCCCGGCAAGGUCAGAGGUCACAGGCAGCCUCUAAGAGACGAUACACAUCACCUGCUGUAACCCCUGCUAAGUGUACUCGAUCGUACCGGACUGGAACUCCAUCUCCUGGGAAAGGAACACGAGGUAAAGCUAGUCCUGGUAAAAUGACUGAUGCAGAGCGUCUCAAGAAAAAGGCAAUUGCAACCCUGACCUCUUCAAAACAUUCUCCAGACCAAAAAACUCGGCGUAAAUCUUUGUUUAUUGACCAGUCGGCGAUGGAUGAAAAACCAGGAAGUCAGCGACAGACCAAGGUAACGGGUGUUUCAGACACAAGUAGUGUAGUGACUGGUACUAACAGCUGUUGGGAAGAGGCUAGAGACAGUGAAGGGAAGAAAGCAAAAAUACAGAAAGAAAGGAAUAGACGAACAACAAAAUCAACUUCAGUAAAACUGAGCCAAAAAUCAUCUCAGGGGAGGCAACUCUACACUUCGAAUAUUGUAAAGAAAAAGAAGAAAUUCAAGCCAGCGACGAAAUUCAUUGCACACAGACUUCCUCAGAGGAAAGCAAAGCUACGCUGGAACAGUUGUUAUCUGGAGGAGGAUGAAUUUGAUCAUGAGGUCAGCUUUGUAUUUAAGCAGUCUCCUGAUUCAUACACAAAUAGGAAACGUAAAACAGACUUUGACACUGAACCCGUAUCUUCAGGUUCAGCCAUUAAUGUACCUUUAAAAAAAACUAGACUUCAAAAAGUAGAAAAAAAAUCCCAAAAAGCAAAAAGUCAUGGAAAAAUCAAAUUACGUCAAGUAAAGAAAAAAGUAAAAACAGAGAAUUUGAAAGUUUUAGGACAAAAAAACACCCAAGUAGAAUGUGAUAGUUCAUCUGGGGUGCAUACAAGGUCAGGGGUUGUGUUGAGAGCAGAUGGUGGUGGGGAGGAGUCUGCUGUCCUCCCGUCAGUCAUCAAUACAGACACAACAGCUACAGGAACAAGUAAUAAAGUAGUUCUCGAAGCCAGCAAGAAACGAUCUCAAGCAAAACUGAAAAAUACAAAAGAUGUGAUGAAAGAAAAAUUAGACAAGAAAAAGAAAUUUGAAUUAUUAUCUUCCAAUGAAAAACGAAAGAAAAUUAAAGUGAAAGGAGAGAAGAUAUCUAAAACAGAGGCUAUGGUGUCAGAUUCAGUCAAACAAGGUUCUAAAAAUUCUGAUCAGAAGAUGAAAAGGAAACUAUCAGUGAAGAGGAAGUCAAAGGAUGUCCCGUCCAUGGACAGGGAGGUGAAGCAGGAACCGUUUCCAGGGCCUGGAGAACCUGCCAGACUUGUGGAGGCUCCCACCUUUUAUCCAUCCGAGGAACAAUUCUCUGAUCCUAUCCAGUAUAUACAAUCUGUCGCCAUGAUAGCAGAACCAUAUGGAAUGUGCAGGAUUAUUCCACCUUCAAGUUGGAAGCCUGAUAGCAAGAUAAGUGAGGAAUUGCGUUUCACCACACAGAAACAGUAUAUCCACAAACUGUAUGAUAGGUUUGGUCCCAAUGUAUGCCAGAUGAACGCCAUACAGAAGCAUUUAGAUUCCCAUGGUGUGUCCGAGCCAUUCCCAGUGAUUGGAGGUGUAGAGGUGGACAUUUGUAAAUUUUCAGCCGUUAUUCAACACCUUGGAGGAAUGCAGAAUGUCAUUGAAAAGAAGAAAUUAUUAAAAGUUGCAGAUAUCAUUGGCAUUCCUAAAUCAGCACAGGAUAGAGGGACCAAGCUGUAUGACACUUACUGUAAAUUCCUGGUCUCUUAUGACAUGCUGUCGGCUGACAAGAAACGAAAACUUGAAGAUGAGGUAACAGAGAUCAGAAAAAAUAGGAAAGAAAAGAACGAAGAGGAAUGUGUCUUAAAGGGGAAGAACAUGUCCCUGACUAUGUUCCACAGAGCUGCCCGAAACAUUGGUGCCGCAUGGCUGCGGGACCCUGCCUCCAACUCUACAGAAAAUGUUGAGAAAGAGUACUGGAACAUCGUAAAAGGCAGGAAGUCUCACGUUGUUGUACAUGGCGGCCAUAUUGAUACUCAGACUCAUAACUGUACAGCAUUCUCCUCUAAAAAGGACAACCACUACUACAGCCAUCCAUGGAAUCUCAAUAACCUGCCACACUGUCCUGAUUCCCUACUGCGUUACCUAGGACAUUUAUCAGGAGUGACAGUACCUACUCUACAUAUGGGGAUGGCCUUCACCACCUCCUGUUGGUCCACAGACAUCCACAGACUACCUUACAUCCAGUACCUACAUACAGAGGCAGAUACAGUCUGGUAUGCUGUGCCUGGACACAAGGAGGAGGCGUUUAAGGCUGCCAUGACGACACUCGUACCUACACUGGUCAGUGACGACCCUCACUGGCUCAGAGAGGAUACUGUAAUGGUUGAUCCAGAUGACCUAACAGAAAAUGGUGUAGCGGUCAGUAGAUGUGUCCAGCAGCCUGGUCAGUUUAUUGUGGUGUUUCCAUCCUGUUAUACGUCUACAAUCAGCUGUGGCUAUACCUUGGCUGAGUCCGUCCACUACGCAACGCCCAGCUGGCUGGAGGCUGGCCAGUCCGCCACAAAGAUGUUGAAUGAUAGCUUUGAACCGGAAAUGUUCUCCAUGGAUGAGUUAUUAACGAGGAUAGCGGAGGAUCCAGCAACUCCUGAAGAUGUCCUUGCCUCAGUGUUACCAUGGUUACAGAAAGUCAUUGAACGUGAGCUGGAUAACAGGCAGCAGUUGUUCGAGGCAGGCCUAAAGUCUUCCAAGCGUAUGUGUACCACGGGUAAUCUACCUUCGAGAGGGGCCUGUCAGGUUGAGGAAAUCAUAACAACAUGUGAUGUGUCCAAGAAGAUCUGCUAUCUGUCAUUAGUUUUGAAUGAAGUUGAUGACCUGGCCUUUUCACUUGAACAUGGACUAGCUCAUGUUCAGAAAAAACGCAAUAUCCGGUCCUGUAAACUGAUGUACCGUCACACGGAGGAGGAACUGAAGAAACUUUUAAGGGAUGUGAAGGAACGACUUAAUACUCAAUCUGGCAGCUCUGGUGUAAGUGAAUCAUCAGAUGGAAGCUCACCACGCAGGAAACAGCCACGCAAGGUGGAGCACAAGAGCUAAUAGAGGAAGAAUGGGUUUAUAGUUCAGUAAUGUAAUUAUAUGGUGAGACUUCUAGUCUGGACACUGAAUAAGGUGAUUAACAUAUUACAGAUUAACGUGGUAUAUUUGUCACUGUAUCCAAGCUCUCUGUAGUAUGUCCAGACUGUAUGUUAUCUUGUUGUGCCCCCCAUACAUUACUAAACAAAUUAUUUGUUCCGUUAUCAGUUUAGAUAUGCAGCAUUCUGUGGUAUAUAUUUACAAUGUUUGGAAAAAGAAAGAAAACUUUCUGUUUUAUAAGCUUUAUAAACUGUGAGAGGAAAACCAGUGGAGAGAGAGAGUGUUAACAUCGUCACAUCUGUACAUUGUUACUAAACCAGAUCUUUCCCCACAUCUGUACAUUGUGUUACUGAACCAGACCUUUCCCCACAUUUGUACAUUUUGUAACUGAACCAGAUAUUUCCCCACACCUGUACAUUGUGUAACUGAACCAGAUAUUCCCCCACAUCUGUACAUUGUGUAACUGAGCCAGAUCUUUCCCCACAUUUGUACAUUUUGUAACUGAACCAGAUAUUUCCCCAGAUCUGUACAUUGUGUAACUGAACCAGAUAUUUCCCCACAUGUGAACAUUGUUACUGAACCAGAUCUUGUUACUGAACCAGAUCUUUCCCCACAUCUGUACAUUGCGUUACUGAAUCAUCUUUCUGUUUUCAUUACAUGUGUUCUGUUAUGAGAAUGAAAUCCUUCUCGGUUGAUUGUGUAUAAUGAAUUGAUAGGUUGAAUGUAGUGUUAUUUAUUGAAUACAUUUGUAUAUUUUAAAAAUGGAUUUUUGUAUGUAUGUGGGAUGUUUGUUACAGCAAUCACAGUAGAACAAACAUAUCCAAAUUCUGUUAUCUGAACUCCUGCCAUUUUCCUCACUUAAAAAGUUUGUUUUUUAUCCUUGAUACUCCAGGGGUUACAAUCAUAUAAGCUCUUUUAAGGAGUAUCGAGGAUACCUGUUUUAAUGAACUGAACAUAACACAUAUUCCCUGUCAGAAUGGUUUGGAGCAAUCUACUGUACAUACUGUAUGUAAUUAGGGUCUUACCUGCCUUAGUGACAAACUGAUUAAGUGACCCCCUCUCCUGUCAUAUGUGACCUUUCUAGUUGUCUCCCUUGGAUGGUCACACAUGACAGGAGUUUCUCUAUCAUGUAACUCUACCAUGAUCAUAAUUUAAAACUAAGAAAUGAACUACACUACCCAGAGUUAAACUACAAAAUAAGCCAUAAUGGAGAUCAAUAAUUAAACCACAAUGGAGAUAAAUAGUUAAACCACAAAAUAAGCCUCAAUUAUUCACAGGUAAUAGCACAAAUGUAAUAUAAAUGCAACUGAAUUAACUACAACAACAUACUUUAGUACAUACAUUACAAUAUUGUUCAUGUUCUUUAUGUACAAUGAUACUUUAUGUACAGGUAUAUGUUAUGUUCAGGUAUAUUCUGUCUACAGAUAUACUCUAUGUACAGGUGAACUUUAUGUACAGGUAUACUCUAUGUACAGGUAUACUCUAUGUACAGGUAUACUCUAUGUAGUACAGGUAUACUAUAUGUACAGGUAUACUCAAUGUACAG